UAAAUAAUUGUUUAAAAUACAUUCUCAAUAUAUUUUAUAUUAUUGCAAUACAAGAAGUUAUCAAUCAUUGAAAGCUUUAUUAGCCGACAUAUUGUUUAUUUAUGCAGUUAUUCAUUAAUAAUUAAUGCUGUAAAUGCAACAUCGGCUUAGAUUAACUAUCACUCGUCAGAUCAAAGUGCACUGGAAUUUCAGGUUUUACUAGAACAACGAAAGCUGAGAGAGCUUACAAUUUGCACUUGGAAAAUGUUCCCAGGGAUUUUCUACUUCCGAUAAGCUUAUUUUAUUUAUUUGUUUAGAUUCUGUCUCGAAGCUAUGGGCCUGCGAGCUGGCGCCUUUAUUUCCUGCUACUAUCUCUGCUGUUUAUUGUUAGUGGCAUCAAAGCCUCGGCUUCACUAUGGGCGCUGUCAUGGGGAGUCAACCAGAGGCCUGUGCCUGCCCAGCGACGAGUGCUUGGAGGAGCGUAGAUAUCACCACGCGGUGGACGAGUGCUUCCAGUUGGUUUGCUGCCUAAUGAAGCCGACGGCCUAUUCCCAACUGACGGAGGAUUACUGCCGCAUUGAGCCGGUGCCCCGUAUUGCCAAUGGUGUGGUUACCAACAUUCGGGAGUUCCCCUGGAUGGCCAUGCUGCUGUACAGCAACGACGGCAAAAAUUUUGAGCCCAAGUGCGGUGGUUCUCUGGUUGACAAAAAGUGGAUUGUAACUGCAGCUCAUUGUGUGUCCACGUCAGGCAAUGGACAGUCGGCGCCGCCGCUGCUGCGAGUUCGUUUGGGUGAAUGGGACUCCCGGGUAACGUCCGAUCAUACCCACGAGUAUUCCAUUGCACGAACCAUAGUCCAUGAGCAGUACUUGCCCAGCGAACAUACCACGGGCAGCGAUCUGUUCCAGUACUCCAACGACAUUGCCCUGCUGGAGCUGCGCGAGAGUGUCAACUACACAGAGUAUGUCCAGCCCGUGUGCCUGCCACAUCUGCCGACUGGCAUUGCCUCGCGAACUGAUGCCUAUGCGAACAAUUACCUCACCAUUUCCGGCUGGGGGCGCACUAGCGAGAGAUCCCUGGAAGUUAGUCCCGUGAAGGUCAAGGCCCUUGUGAGUGGCUGGUCCAUGAUGGAUUGCAAGAAGCACUAUGCAGACGUGGGUCCUGGACAGAUGUGCGCCGGCGGUAGUCGUCUCUCCGGGCAGGCGGCCAGUUGUCAGGGCGACUCUGGGGGUCCGGUCAUCGAUGACAACCAGCUGGUGGGCAUUAUUUCGCUGGGAAAGUACCGAUGCGGAUCCCUUACUGGACCUAUGGUGUUCACCAGGGUGGAUCAUUAUGUUACUUGGCUAGAGAAGACUAUAAAAUCGAAUGCAAAAUAAAAAGAAAUGUAAUAUGUAAUGUACCCCCGACAAUAAUAAGUUAAGUUUACGUUA